AUGGUUGAUGUAAUAUCUGAGUUGUUUUUCUCUUUCUUCAAAUCUCUUGUUGGUCAGGAUGUUGUCGUGGAGUUGAAAAACGAUUUAAGUAUUUGCGGAACUUUGCAUUCUGUGGAUCAGUAUUUAAACAUGAAGCUCACUGAUAUUUCUGUUGCCGAGCCUGAGAAAUUCCCUCAAAUGCAUGCCGUGAAGAACUGCUUUAUACGAGGUUCAGUUGUACGGUAUGUGCAGCUCCCAGCUGAUCGGGUUGACACGCAAUUGCUCCAGGACGCAUCAAGAAAAGAAGCUGCAGCUCAAAGCAGAAAAUAA